UUUUUUUUUUUUUUUUUUUUUUUUUUUUUUUUUUUUUUUUUUUGAGAGAGAUGCUCCCUCCAACAUAUUCAGCCCUUAAUCUUUUUUUGAGAAACUGAAUGUUAUAGUGUUGCUCUUUGUAGGUUUCUGAUUUGACCAGUGUUUGUGCAUGUAAGUAACAGAUUUGACAUUAACUAUAAAAACACUGCAUGUUUUCCAUAUGCCAUCGCACUCUCAUUAAAUAAACUGCUGGCAGCUAUGACAAAUUGAGUAUUAAUGAUUUUAGUAUAAAAUAUCCAUUCCAUACCAAUAAGUGGAUUGUCACUUUCAUACUUAUGACAGUCAGCGAUUUCUGUUUUUGAAGGGCAAGACUCCCACUUCUUUGUUUCUUCCUGUUACGUCUGAUACUUCUCUUGAAUGUUAAGAACAACCACGCACACAGUAUGUAUUUAUCCAUUGCUUGAUGAGGGAUUGAGAGUUACAUGUGAUCAGCUUUUAUCUAUCAUUGUGAUAAUAUGCUGGUUUCUAUCAUUUUAUAAAACAGGGUUAGUGUUUAAAGAGAAACAAAUCAAUUAAUACCACAUCACCGGAUUCAUCAAAUUCAUUGCUAAUGUUUUUGUUUUUCCAUAAAAAAUGGUCACUUCUUGAAUAAUGUCAUUUAGAAACUGACUUUUGUUAGUUUAAAGGAUAUUUCAAAAGAGAAUGGAAAGUGAAAUUUUGAUGAAACAUUGGUAACACAACAAAUGCAUUUGUGAAUAUUGGCUGAUACAUAAAUGCAUGAAUAAAUACAAAGGAAUAAAUAUUAUAUAAAAAAUAUAAUGUUCAUUAUUAGUUCAAGUUAGAAAUAAUUGUUUGAGCUAGUUCACAGUGCAUUAACUAAUGCUAAUAAAUUUUGAUUUGUAAAAACAUGUCAAUGUUGAAAUUAAGAUUAAGAUAUAAAACUAGCAUUCAGUGUUAAUGUAAUGUUAUGAAAUGAAACCGUAUUGUGAAAACAUUUUUUAAAGAUAAAAAUCUGCAACAUUUCUUUAAGAUUAACUUCAUUGUGAUUGUAACAUGACAAUUUUCAUUUUUACUAGUUGUGAGUUUCCCAUUUCAUUUAAGUUAUUAAGACGCAUGACCACCAGGAGGCGCUAUAACUCUUUUACAUUCAAAUGAAUUUACAGUAGUUGCCUCUGCAAAUUCGCGCACUGGAGAUUUAAUUAAAGGAGCACUGUAAAGUGACGAGUAGAAAAUUAAGAACAAACUAGUUGUGUGUAUAUUCCAGGUUCAGUAUAUUAUCAUUAUUUUAAUUUCCUCUUGUGAGAAUCUACAGCUCAGACGAGCUUUUGUUCUAACAUAAAGACAAGGGAAAAGUACAAGUGAAGUUCAAAGCUGUGCGCUCCGCCCAGCACGCUCCAGUGCGCUCGAGGAGCGCGUGAAUAACACCGAAGCUCCAUCGCGCGCCAAACAAAGCGUGCGCAUUUCAAACUUUCUGUUUUGCCACUUUCGUAAGACUAAACGGAUACUUCACCUUGGCAUAUGUCGUAAAUACUAAAUCAUGAGCAUACCAAAGCCCAAAUUUAAGAAACUGUUUGGGAAGUCAAAGAGCUUCGAUAAGGAAAGCAGGGAUGCGGACAGGUCUAAGGGUCAGUGGGGCACUUCACAAGAAGACGAGCGAGCGAGUUUCAGAGAUUCGGUUUUGACUUUACCGUCGAGCCCCACAGAUGUCACUCCACACCCGAACUCGCUGCCCACCAGCCCCGGCGAGAAAAAGAAGAAACGUUUCCCGACCUGGAGGUCCAAAAAAAGGAAUAAAGAUAAAGAGUUUCACAGUAACGUUUCCAGAGAACUGUUCGAGCACAGGAGUUUUGAUCAGGUGAGCAUCCAAACAGAGGACUAUGUGAUGACCGACACCUGCCCUACCCCUGUCCGCUCUCUGUCUAGUUCCACGCUAAGCCUGGAUCUCAGAUCACUUCAAGAUCCAUCUUCUCCAAAACGCAAACACAGGAAGAGUUCCGAGGAGAAGAGUGGAGUUUUCAGUCGUAUUGGAAGCUUUUUCUCUCGGAAGAAAAAAAGCAGAACCACAUCAGAUGACAGGGAUGAAAAUUUUUCACCGGAGGCAAACAGACGGACUGAGAACAAAGAGAUUGACGAUUCAGUGUUUGGUCCGGGGAAUAGAAGUCCCAGUGUGUAUAGUGUAGCCUCUAUUGUUGCAGAUGGAGGAGACUUGCCUUUUGCAGACAGCGGCAGUAGUGGACGAGGGAGUGUAAAAGAGGUGGAAGUGAUCAAGGUGAGCAGGGUUGAAACCUCCAGCGACAAGAGGACUGAGAAUCUGGUGAAGGAGGUGAACAGGAAGCUCAAGGUGUACCUGGAGGAGACAACAGAUACAACAAUAAAGAAAUGUGCUGAUGUCCCUAUACACACCCCUGACACACCAAAGUCCCCUACGGUCUCAAGCAGGACGGAGAGUAAAAAGACAGUUUUGAAAACCACCAUCACUGGUGGUGGGAAUUACACUGCAUUGGUUGGGGUGAAUCUGGGAUCACAGUCCAGAAACUCAUCAUCCUCUGAUAUUCAGCCUGGAGAACCAACAGGAACAGACACAGGGAAGAAAAACAGCAGCAAACAAAAAUCACGCAAACUAAGCAAUCAAGAAAGCAAUAAUGAGCUUCUCGGCCCAAAGAACACCACUUCCCCUAAGGCAGAGGAGAGGUCAGUGCAAUCAUCUCCCUCACCUGGUCAAGUACACAGAGCUGUGUGGGCGGAAACUCACCUGACAGAGGAGAAGAGUGAGCGCUCCAUUACUGACUCACUUUCUUCUACAGAACCUGCUCUGGCCAGCCCAGCCGAGAGUUAUUCUGCCCUCUGUGCAGCUCCUAGCAACACUUCUGCUCCUUCUCAAGCUGCAGAGCCAGCCGUCUUUAACUUUCAUGCUUCAAAAGACAGCAUUGAAUCACCAGAGGAGGAAACUCGAGACAGCCUCAUUCCUAAACACCUGCAUACUGAGAGCAAUGAAGAGAAAUGCAGAAGUUUGAAACUGUCAAACAGUGAAAAAGUCUUUGCUAAAAGAGUAUUUGUUGGUUCUCAGUCAAGCCUAGAUGGGGAAGAACAAGCUGAAACGGAGACACAAAGUGAGACUAAUUUGGAUAUAACGCAGAAUGUACAGAAGGUGAAAAUAUUACCAAACCCCAAAAGUGUGAAUGUUAAGCAGUCUAAACAACAGACAAACGAGUCAGUAGGAGAUUAUGCUGUUUUUGUUCAAGAGCUUGAUGUGGAUGUAGACAGCCCCUUUGAACUUUCAACGGAAAACAGAGACGCUACAGACGUUGGGGAGGAAUUUUAUUCACCAGAAAUGCCUAUUAAUAAAGUACCAUUGAAUACUAGGAUGACCAGUCAUCAAAACUCAUCUGUGCCAUCCAAACGUAUGGACAGAGCCACCAGUGGACCAAAUGGGGCAAUUAAAGCAAAGAGCCCUCCACCACAUGUUGCCCCUGAAACAAAAGCUGUAAAGUCUUGCAUUAAAGGCCUCUCUGAGGCAUCAAAGAUGGAAGUGUCUCCAGUUCAGAGGAUUUCACAGAAGCAGACAGAUCAAAAAGAGAUUAAAUCUCAAACAGAAAAGGACCAAUCAGUUACACUUAAUAAACCAAUUGACAUCAAGACUGGAUUUCCCAAGAAAACCGCACCAGACGUUAAAACAAAACCAAAGAAAGUUCUGGAGGUUGUUACAGUGUAUAGUGUUUCUACAGAAGCUGAAAGACAGAUGUCCACCAAACGUCAGAAUGAGGCAGCAUCAAUAAGCCCAGAGCGGAAAAUGUCACCGACUAAGAGAGUGGAAGAGAGGGAUGUUUAUGAUGCCUCCCUAAUGACAAAAACUUCUCAACCCACUAAAGAACAGGUCAAUCUUAAGCCUAAAAGAGAAAGAAGUCUAAAACAUUCCCUUUCUGCUGAUAAAUCCCCAUCUUCCUCAACUUCAGUGGAGAAUUCUAGUUCAACAAAACUUAACACUGAAUUCAAAGCAUUUAAAGAUAUCCAAAAGUCAAAAACACAACCGACAGUUGCCACCGAGAGAAGUCCAACAUCAAAGAGUAGUUUUUCUUAUUCAAAGAGUAAAGUCAAAUCAGGUGACAUUGGCAACAAAACCGAGGCAAAACCUUCUUCCUCAUUACUUGGCACGGACCAACCAGAGCAGACCAUUGAAAAGGAGAAGCCAGUGAAUGAAACCCAGCUGAGUCCAAAUAAAUUCAUGACUGAUGUGUCACCAACAGGAAGGAAGCUGUCUCGAACGACACCACUGAGCCCUCAGAAACAGCCCUCAGAUAGAGAAGUUGUCCACGGAGAGAGUGAGUCACAUGAACCAGCCUCACGGCCACUUACCAAGCCAGAGGGAAAUGAGUCAUCACUGGUUAACGGUCCUGUUGCUGAUGGCAAAUCUUCCAAAUGUGAUCAAGCCACUGGGAAUGCUGUUGCCAGGGUAUCACCAGAGCUCAAAUUGAAAAGCCCUGUCAAGGAGGUGGAUGAUUUACAGUCAGCAACUCCACAUCUCAAAAGUCCCACAAAACUAAAACCCAAUAAAGAUUUUAGGAAGGCGGAGCCAACUGCAGCUUCAGAUUCAAAAAUGGACAAAGCCAAGAAAAUGACAAAUUUGUCUGUCACAAGAACAGCUGCUUUGAAGUCUGACAAAGUAAAAAAUAUUUUUACACAAUCAAAAGCCAUUUCUGAAAGUGAAAAUUGUGAUGCUGUUGAGACCAAAGUCACACCAGAUGUGUCACUUUCAGAAAACAAUGAUUUACAAACCAAUCGACAGACAGAAUCAAAUCUAUCAAUUUCUACAGACCCACAUGCGCAAGUUGCAUUAGAUAAACUGACAGAUAUUACUAAGACAGAUGAAAUUUCCACAACAUCCAAGACGGCUAAACAAUCUAAAGUCUCUUCUGAAACAAACAGUGAGAAAUCUGUUGCUUCUGAGACCAAAGUCACACUGGAUUUGUCUUCAGAGAAGAACGAUUCACACUCAGAAAAGCAGACAGAGUCAGAUCUUCCAGUUUCAUCAAACCUACAUGUCCAGGAUAUACCAAAUAAGCAAUCAGUCACAGAAAAGCCACUUACUGAGUUCAAGAAAGAGAAAUGUGACCUUUCCAAGGAAAAUGAAAUUUCCUCAAUACAUGUGACAGACCAUUACACAACCAGUAUCUUAGCACUCAAGGUAUUGGUAAACAACCAAAAGCCACGUCUGAAACAAAGGGUGAAAAAUCUGGUGCUGCUGAAAACACAGUCAAACUUGAUUUGUCGCUUUCAGAAAACAAAAAUGUGCAGUCCAUAA